UUCACGUCGUCGAUUCUGUACGGUGCAGGCUCAGUGUGCUGCGCGAGGGUCGUUAGUAAACUUGCGCAUGCUGGUGUCACCCGCCUCGUCGCACGCGGCCACAUUCUUCAACACGGUCAGCUUUACCGGCGGUGCGUCCCGCGGCUCAAACGCAGCGCUCGCUCCCCAAAGGCAAAACAACUGAGAAGCACCCAGCUGGGCUUCAACGGCACACAGUCCGCUGACAGGCACCCGAGGGCAGGCGAGAGACCCGUGCUGCACCACACACCAAACGAGGACCAUGGAGAGCGCAAGCAACGACUCGGAAACGCUCCUCCAGAGCCCGGUCUCCAUGCUUUACAACAACAGCAGCUUAUGUGGGAACUUCAGCAGCGACAACAGCAACACCACCAGUGGCUUCGCGGAGGCGAGAUGCGACGUGGAGCGCCGACUGACCGGCAGCCUGGAGGACGACACAAACCCGGUCAUCAUAGCCAUCGUUAUCACCGCGCUAUACUCCAUAGUGUGCGUUGUGGGGCUUGUUGGAAACGUGCUGGUCAUGUAUAUCAUCGUCAGAUACACUAAAAUGAAGACCGCCACCAACAUCUACAUCUUCAACUUGGCUCUGGCCGACGCCUUGGUCACCAGCACGCUACCCUUCCAAAGCGUCAACUACCUGAUGGGCACCUGGCCGUUUGGAAACAUACUGUGCAAGAUGGUGAUGUCUAUCGACUACUACAACAUGUUCACCUCCAUCUUCACGCUCACCACCAUGAGCAUCGACCGAUACGUCGCUGUGUGCCACCCGGUCAAAGCGCUAGACUUCAGGACACCGCGGAACGCCAAGAUCGUCAACGUCUGCAACUGGAUUCUCUCCUCGGCCAUCGGGCUGCCUGUUAUGUUCAUGGCCUCCACUGCCCUCACUCCAGCCUCAAGCAUUGUUGACUGCAAGCUGAUAUUCCCCCACCCUCCCUGGUAUUGGGACACUCUGCUGAAGAUCUGCGUGUUCAUCUUUGCCUUCAUCAUGCCCGUCCUCAUCAUCACCGUCUGCUACGGCCUCAUGAUCCUCCGGCUGAAGAGUGUCCGCAUGCUGUCGGGCUCCCAGGAGAAGGACAGGAACCUUCGUCGGAUCACGCGCAUGGUCCUGGUGGUGGUUGCCGUCUUCAUUGUGUGCUGGACGCCUAUCCAUAUAUUUGUCAUCAUCACAGCUCUGAUCAAUAUCCCCAGCUCCACGCUACAGACUAUUACCUGGCAUUUCUGCAUUGCCUUGGGUUACACCAACAGUAGUCUGAACCCAGUUCUUUACGGCUACCUGGAUGAGAACUUCAAGCGCUGUUUCCGUGAGUUCUGCACCCCGAGUCCCUCCGUGCUGGAGAUGCAGAACUCGUCCCGGACCGGAUUAACUAGCCGCAAGCUCCCACAGCGCGAACACAACAGUGCAAACACGGGUGAUAGGUCCAAUCAACAGGUAUGACUAGCCUUGGAGGGGUCAUCGGUGGACUCUCACUGUUGUGGCGGCGUAACCAACGAUGACCUCAACUCGGAAGUCACGCAGGUCACCACAGGGCUAUGACCUCGCAAACAUCAAUGACCCAUACAGACAAACAACAAGGGACAUGACUCAGGCUCGAUAGCACAGCCCUUUUGUCGAGCAGCUUAAUAGAUGCAUGGCUGUGCAAGGCUUUUACUCUGAAAUUGAUAAAGAAAUGGGUUUGCGAUACAAAAAGUCAUUACAGUGUCACUUGUAACUGAAGAAGCUUUUGCACUAAAUUGCCAUCAACGCUAUUUAAGUUGUCAUUAUCACUACUGUACAGACUGAAGAUGUGUAGUUAACAAAGACAGACGUAUUAAUGCAAAGCCACUCACAGGAGAAACAUAAAUUAUGAUGUUUUGUUCUGCAUGCGCCAGAUAAACUCCAAUCUAAUCCACCUCUCAUCCUACCACUAAUUGUCUUGGUUAGAAAAAAAUAAUCACUUAAGAACAAAUGACUUCUCUCCAAUCUGUCAUUCUUUUCUCCAGGUGUUUUCUCUUUGAAUUGUUUGUACGUUUCAGAGUGUAAAUGUGGAUUUAUGGGAGUCACUGGACAAUGAUGGAUCUAAUCCGAUUUUGGACUUGUAUUAUCAAAUGCUCAAAGGCUUCACGACUCUCUCACCACACAGUACAUCACCAGUCAGGGUGUUUUUCAGUUCAUUUACCCGACCAGCUGUUCUUUUCAUCCAUUCUGUAUGGCUUCCACCCUAUUAACACCAUUCUCCAUUGAUUGAUCUGCACAGUAACAUGCUGGCUUUGGCCACUUCAGGAAGAUUGACUGUGUUGACAUAGAACUGUGCUCUCUCUUCUCGAUGCAGCUAACCCUGUGUUAUCCUUCAUACCCCCCAACAUUUUCAUUCAUAUGGAGUCUCUGUAAAGAAGUGUUACACCCUUUUUCUUGACUUAUCCAUAAGAAGACAUCCAGCUGAACUGAACUAACCUCUGAAUGUACAGAAUGAAACAAACAGCUGUGUUAAUCACGCUGGGUCCUGAACUGUGGAUCCUCUAAACCAGCAAAGACGAUGCAUUAAACCUGUUUGCACAGCGCAGAGCAUGCUGUUGCAGCAUAGGGCGAACAUAUGGUACCACCAGUGUAUCAUUAACUACAGCCAUUACACCAGGUAUGGGUUUUAAUGUCAGAGUGAGCUCUCUACUCAAGAUGUUAACAAGUGAGCCAAGCAGGAUUGUACAUUUGACGUGAUAUUUGAAAUGGCUUGUGCUUGCGUGUUGUGCUGUAUGCUUUUCUUGCCUGUUGCCUUUACAGUAGCUCUACUCGAUAUUCUGUGUACCAGUAUUUUUUUUAAUGAAGUCGGACUUGAUUGUAUUACACUUAUCUCCCAUGUAACAUACUGUAAGUGUUCUGUUGCUUUUUUAUAAACAUGGCAUCAUGAAGUUGCAUAGAAAGAAUGUUGUGACGAUCGUGGUGGACGAGAAAGUUGCUUUUAAAUGUACAUUUUGUCCUAUUGAAUCUGCAAUGUUACUGAAGAGAUGUAUAUUAAUCAGAAAAUAUGUGUGAAAAUCUUUAAGUCUUUUUGGCUGAAAACAUAGGAUGUGUCGCUGUACAUACAGGUCUAUAUUUGAUAUUGCUACUUUCAGUGAAUUUUUUAAAAACGUAAUUAUUUAAGUCAUCAAGUCAUGAGCUACAACAAGAAAACCUGUUCAAACUCAUGUGGCCGAACUGUUAAACAUUGAAAUAUUACACAAACUGCAGCUGAGUUAGCCUAGUAUUGAGAAUCAAGCAUUACAUGCGGUAUUACAAGUGUUAAAGUACAUUGUCUUUCACAUAAAUAUAUGUCCGAAAACAUGUUUAGGUGCCAUGUGUAACCUUUCAAUGCUAUGUAAUGAAUUUCAGGCUAAAAAUUAAGAGUGAUUAAAUAUGUAGCAUAAGAUUAAAAAGUAAACGAGCAGAACAUUUUUCACGGAGACAUCCUGAUACAGCAUCAGCCUUUUAGUACACUGUCAUGUAAAGUAGCCAUGAUGUUUACAUUCGGGUCCCCUAUUGGUCCCCCCUAUUUUUUAAGCGUCUAAAUCUACGUCGAAUUUAAAUCAAAUGUAUUUGAUGCUGUCUAUAAUCUGUACAGAAAUCACUUUUUUAUCUUGUACUUGUUAACAUGGCUUGUGACUCGAUCAUGACUUGUCUUAAAAAAGGUCAUUUCUGUUAAUGUAAUGUACAAAAGAUAGAUUCUUCAUUUACGUACAACUCUAUGUAAAACAAUGCAUACAAUCUAACUGUUUAUCAGUGCAUUGUCUAUGGAAUAAAUGUAUUUCUGAUUCCACUGAAUGCC